CUCGAAUGGUGCUUUGACUACUUGCAUUUGUAUCUACAAAAGUGAAACGUUACGAUGGACGAUUUGGUGACUGCGAAAGUCCUGCAAAGCUACAGCCCGGCUUAUAUGAUAUCGUGUGCGGAUGCUAUGGAGGCGUCGUUGUUGGCACGAAAGGCCAACAACAAUCCUGCUGUAUGUUCGUUGCAGGGUGAUAAGAGAUUGUCCUUGUUCGACGCUAUCAAGGUUCCUUACGCCUUAGGUUUAAUGGACCUGCAGCUUACCAAGUGCGUCGCCGCCGUGGUUGAAAAGCUAAAGGCCACGCCAUGCCAAGAUAUCCAGGAAGCCUAUCUAGCCUGUCUUGACGGGAAAAUGACAAAAACCGGGAACCUUGUCAAGUGCAGGCCUUUGGCGGACCAGUUGGAAGAUUGCACUGCUAAGCAUGUCGGUAGGCUGGACUAG